GCAUUGACAAAGGCUGAAGACCAGUUUAAGAAAAUAAUUGAACAGUACCAGGAGGAAAGAUUUGGUUGUUUGGCAUACUAUGGAAUUGGAAAAGUGUACCUCAGACAAAACAGAUUUUCAGAUGCGCUCGAUCAGUUCAUGAAAUCACAAACAAUGUUUAAUCACAAGAUUGUACCUGGAGUAUUAACUUGGCCCACAACAUCUCAGGUCAUUGAAGAGACGCGAACAGAGAACUUACAGUUGAUUUUAAAGAAUUGUAUUGAGGAAUGCAAGUUCCCUCCAGAACCAGAUGCAAUUUGUCGCUAUCAGCAAUGCCAUGGCCACUCCAAAACUCAAAUAUAUUUUUCAGACCCAGACUUCAAGGGUUUUAUACGUAUUACGUGCUGUCAGCAAUGUAGAGUGGAGUUUCAUAUCAGCUGUUGGAAAAAGUUGAAAACAACAAACUACAGUGAUAAAAAUGAUAAGGAUUUUCUUCAAGAAUUGUGUUUCACUCCUGAUUGUACAGGCCUUAUUUCAAAAAUAGUUAUUUUCAGUUCUUCUGGUCUGGUAAAAUGUGAAUUUGAACAAAAAAUCACAAAAACCAAGGAACCACCAAGAGCCAGUAUUAAACAGAAAUGUUCAAGUCUUAGGAAGUUAAAAAUGAAACAAGAAAAAAAAUUACGAAGAAAACAUGCACGAGAAGAGGCACAGAAUUCUGCUAAAAAGAAAAUAGAAGAAAACCAGAUGGGAAACAAACCAUCUCAAUACAGUGAUCACGGUGGUUAUGGUCAGGAUUUAUAUGCUGGUGAUCGAGUCCUGCAGCACAUCAGUCGAAAUGCUGAGCAAAUAAAAACAGCUGUUCGUGAUGCUUCCAAACUAUUAAAGGAAUUACUUUCAUGGUUUGUAAUCAGUGAGGAGGAUUACACGUCAUAUUCCAAAACUAGCAGCAUGUCACAUGAAGUGAUGGAGCAGCUCAUCACUUACUUAAUUCAGGAAAAAAACAGAGUAAAAACAAGGGGUUUUAUCCAUGUGCUGAAUGAGCUGGAAGAAGUGGAUCCCAAAUUACACAAGUGGCUGAAACAUCUUAACAACCUGGGUCUGACAGCUACAAAGAACUUUCUCCUUCAAUAUGGACAAUUUUUAAAAGAGCUUGACCUUUCUAUUUUAACCACACUCUGGAAUGAGAAGUAUGGUCGUAAAUUUGGCUAUGUGACAACUAGUUCUGAAAACAAAGAAAUUCAUGAUUAUUUCUUAAAACCACCCCUAGAGAAAACUCGUUGUUUUAUAUGGCUGUUAGAGGACAACAGAGAAAAUUUUCCAUUUCUUCAUCAAGCUUUAGAUGAAUUCUUUGAUAAAAUGGAUGACCCUACCAUUAUAUUGAAGAAGCAGGGAAAUGAAAAUGUAUCGACUAAUGGUAUCAAAGUUAAAAACAAAAACAGGAAGAAGAACUCAAAAGACUCGAGGUCUAUUUUAGUAUUAUCCAGUGGAGUUAGUACAGCACCACGAGAAGAAGAUAAGAUAUUUAUAGAAGAAAAUACUUUAGAUUUUACAAAUUCUUAUGAACCAUUUGUAAUCCCAGAAUAUCUUCGGGGGCAACUAGAGGAAUUUGAAGCUCUCUGUGACGUUUCAAAUAGUAACAGUUAUCAAAGACUUUUGGAUAAUAACCCAGAUCAAACCUGUGAGAGCUUAUAUGAAUAUUUCUCUCAAAUCUUGGAAGAACAUGGCCCUAUGGAAAUUAAUAAUAAAUUACUAGUUGGGGAAUAUGAACAUUUCCCUGAAGAAGCUCAAAAGAUUGUAGAAGAUGAAGGUGGUCUGAAAUCUUUUCUUCUGAAAUCCCUUCGUUUCAUUAUGGUGGAUGAUCUUAUUGGCUUAAAAAAGCAUGCAGUUCUUAUUAAAGAAAAUAUAAACAGAAAUGAGACUGGAGAUAAUGAAGAAGAAAACGUUCCAGUCUGUGAUGUACAAGAAAAUUCUUCCCAGAACAAGCUACAGCUAAAUCCAGCUGCUAAGGAAUUCAAACCGCUGUCUUAUCCUAAGCAACCCCAUAUAUCAACAUCUACUGACUUAACAGUAGCAAGUUAUGAGACUCCACAAUAUUUGCCCUGGUCUUUUCCUAAUUCAUGUAAAUCGGUGUAUUCUUUGCAUAGGCAGAAUAUUGAUACCAUAGAAAAUGAGUCGUCGUUUUCAGACAUUUUACUGAAGUGCUUUGAUUCUAAAAAUCCUGGUAUAUUUUUGCCUCAGACUUCCUGGGGUUAUCAAUAUGGAAGAAUAUUGCCAGUGCCUUCUCAAAUGCCUCUCAUUUCAAAUGUUGCCAAGCAACCUAGCUACAUUUAUGCUGAUCCUGUACCUCAUCAGGAUAAUGAUGAAUCAGCAAUUUCAGACAGAAAAUACAUCUUCAGCAGUUUUAUACCAGCUAAAAUACAAACGUAUGAAGACCCUCAGUGCCAACUGGAGAACUCAGAUAACACAUUUUAUGGAGACAAUUUUGCGGUUGCAAAUAGUACAAAUGAAGCUGAAUGUGGUAUACAAGUUAUUAAGACGGAAAAAGAAAGCAGAGGAAUACCUCUAAUGAAGAACAAUCCUCAUACAAGGAUGAUAGCUGUUCAGGUAAAUCGUGAAGUAGCUGAUAGGGAAACUAAUACCUUGCCUUUUCAUCCAUUUGAAAUGCAACAAGGAGAUAUUCUACGUAUGGAAAAAGAGCAUCAGGUAUUAAAAGAACAACUUAAAGAAGCACAGGAAAAAUAUGAACAGUUACAAAGCCGAAGCUUGGAGGAAAUCGGUGCUUUAAAAGAGCUACUAAAAAAAAGUGUUGAAGAGACUGAGGUUUCAAAGAAUGAGCUGGAUUGGCUUCAUCAAGACUUAGAAAUAAAAGUGAAAAAAUGGCAACAGGAGAAAAAAGAAAAUCAAGAGAACUUAAAAGCACUAAGGAACACAGCUAAAAAGCAUACAGAUACCAAUGAUAGGUAUUCGAAGACCAUUGACGAGAAGGAAAAGCAGUAUAACAUAUAUUUAAAUACAUAUCUGGAGACCAGUAAUAAACUUGCUAAUAAGAAAGUAAAAUUGGAAGAGCUUAUAAAAAAGAGUCAAGAUGACUGCCAAGAGUGUGUGAAGAGAGCUGUUAAAGCAGAGAUAUCAGUACUCAAAAACUGGAAGGAAACUGAAGUAUGCAAGCUAAAUGGCAUAGCUGCCAAUGCAGAAGCAAAUCUCAAGGUGUUGAAGUCAUUGAGCAGCAGCUCAGCUUCAGCAGCCCUUACGUUGAAGCCACAAAUUGAUUCUUGGGAAAUAUUUAUUUCAAAUGUAAAGAAACAACUGGAUAAAGUAGAGGCUGAGUAUGAAGAAAAAAUUCAGACGGUGAAAAAUGGUGUACGGAACUGCCUGACUAAAAUGGAAACUGUGGAUCUUCCUUCUCCUCCCAGCGUCUUAACAAAACAAGGCAGACCUCCAGUCAGUGAUCCAGCCAUUGUCAUGUAUUCCUCUGCAUCUGCACAUCCUACUUUACUUCCUGCAUUUUCAAGUUCUGAAGAUCAAGGUCCAACACAUCCUUCAUCUAAUACACAGGCCAGAGUUAAGCCAGCAUAUGCGGAUUCUAAGGCUUGUUCUGCAAGUGGCGGAUCAGUGAAAACACACUCCAAACCUCUGGAAGGAUCAUACUCUGAUAAAGUUUCAGUAACUUGCCCGUCAGGGAUUUCUGGAAGUAAUAUUCAGAAUGUCCAGCCAAACCAGAACCUCCAAGAUGACUCAGCUAUACAACUGAGGCCUUCCGGACUUCCAAACAACAAAAUGCUUCCAAAAGCAUUUGAAAAUAUUAUUGCGCGUCUACAGAGUAUAUUCCCAAACUAUAGCAGUUCAGACUUUAUUAGCUUCAUAAAAGACGUACAAAGAAGAAACGGGAAUACAUUGUCAGGCUUGAGCUUCGAUGAAAUUCUAAGCAGAGUGACAGAACUCAUUCUGGACCAGCAAAAUAAGGCACCAACUUCAGCGGGGAGACCUGCGAAGUCCGUAUCCUCUGCUUCACCGGCACAGGCUGGAACUCGUAGUCGGGAAGUACCUGCAGAAGAAAAUGUACCCAGCCCACCCAAGGCACGACCUACGCAUAAAAACGCCUCGAGUAAAAAUCCAUCUCAGCCAAAUCUCCAGCCCUGGGGAAAUGUUGGAGCAACACCUAAAUCUAAAUGGAAAAAACUAGACUAUACCGUCUCCAGUGAUGAUCCUUGCACAAUAUGUCAUGAUGAGCUAAGCAGAGACGCGUGUGAACUAGAAUGUGGGCAUCGUUUUCACAGAGAAUGCAUUAGAACAUGGCUUAAGCAACAUUCCAGUACCUGCCCUAUCUGCCGUGUUCAUGCUCUGUUACCUGAAGACUUCCCUGAGCUUCCUGCACGGAACAAAUAUGCCUAA